AUGUCAUACCCUUAUCUUAUCACGGACCAUGUUAUAGACGCACAAUACAUGAGAGAAUAUCCUCGAGCCACAGCCAGCCAAGAUACUCCGUUAAAACUCUGCAUCAAGCAAUAUACCCCCAUAAAUAACCCAGACCCCAAGAAUGGCGACCUGACAAUUGUCGCUGCCCACGGGACGGGUUUUCCCAAGGAACUCUACGAGCCCCUCUGGGAAGACCUUUAUGCCAGGAGCAGAAAGGAAGGAUUUAACAUCGGCUCUAUCUGGAUUGCUGAUGCUACAAAUCAAGGUGUCAGUGGUAUUGCUAAUGAAGCUGUUUUGGGCAACGACCCAUCGGCGUUCGAUCACAGUCGGGACCUACUUCUCAUGAUGAAUCAUUUCCGUCACAAGAUGACCCGACCCAUAAUGGGGGUUGGGCACAGUCUUGGUGCAACGCAGCUGGUUUUUCUUUCCCUGAUGCAUCCCCGCAUACUUCAAUCUCUCAUUCUUAUCGAACCAUACAUUAUCGAGAAGAAUACUGACGCAGAUGCUCCGCUUCUCGUUCACCUCACCAAGCACAAGCGCGAUGUUUGGCCUUCACGGACCGCAGCGGAAGAGAAGGCUCGGCAAUACCUGCGGUCCUGGGAUUCCCGGGUCCUCGAACGCUGGUUCCAGUGGGGCUAUCGGGAACUUCCCACCGCCAUUUAUCCCAAGGACGGUGCGCUUGGCUCUGAGGCGCCGGUUACUUUGACAACAACCAAGUUCCAGGAGGCACUUAUCUAUGCGCGUGCGAACCCACACCGGCAUAAGGAGCUGGGUAUACGAACUGAAAAUACAAACGACCGCCUUACAGAGCCCCCUCAUGAUCCCCUGUUCUUCCCUGAUGUGAUGGCCGGCUUGCCACCUGGUCAACAAGCAUAUCGGCCUGAACCUAUUGUGGCUGGGAAAUUGCUACCACACCUUCGUCCUUCUGCUCUAUUUCUGAGUGGGGCAUCGAGCCCAUUAUUCAAAUCUGGACUUCAUACUACCAUGGCAGAAAGAACAGGAAGUAGUAUUGGAGGAAGUGGAGGUGUGUUGUACGAUCGCGUCCGACAUAUAUGGGUUAAGGGUGCUGGUCAUGCUUUGCCUCUGGAGAAGGUGGAUGUGACUGCAAGCACUUUGGGAGAAUGGAUCCAGAAAGAGAUGGAACGAUGGAGGACUGAUGAGGAUCGCAUUGCGGCCGGAUGGGAAGAUUUGUCGCCGGCAGAGAAAUCCCGGCCCACCAAGGAAUGGGAGAAAGUGAUGGCGGAGUCAUUGGCCUUCCUACGCAAUACAAAAGGUGCUAAAUUGUAG